UUUGUUCCCGCUCUCCCCCACAUCUUAUUCGAAGAAAUAGAUUAGAAUGUGUUGAAUAAAAAUGCCCGGGAAUAUAUAAUAUGAUGUGUUUGUAUAAAAUGUCACUUAAUUGUUUUCAUUUUACUUUGUUUAAAUUGACUGUCCUUAUCAAGUUCAAAUAUGUCAAAUUUAUCGUUUAUAUACGAUUAGCAAAUGGAGGUUGGUAAGACAGACGAAUAUCAAGAUUACGAAUCGAUUUUAUCAUAAUCGUUUUUCUUUAACUUCAUUUUAUGCAUCAAUGACAAUAUUUCCGAUAAUUGAACACUUCGUUAAUUGAAUAUUCCAAUAGUAAAUAGAAAAGUUUCAGUUUUUGUACAGCUUUUCAACUAGAAUGUAUUUAAUAAAUGAUUUAUAUAAAAAACGGUCUGGUUUUGUGAAGUUUUUAUACGUUUUGGGAAGUACAUUUGGCACAUUUCCUUUUAGAGGAAAUCGAUUGAUUUUAAACAUUCAAUUGACCUUCAUAAUCAUGUUUGACAUCUGUCAACAUUACAGCAUGUAUCUAAUGACAGAAACAUAUGAUAUUGAAAACAUUUUACCAACGAUGGAAAUAACCGCCUUACAUUUUCAAACAUUUUUGUUUCUUGUAUACCACUACAGCUGCGUUUAUGGUGUAUUCAAACACAAAAUCGUAUGGGAUAAUUUUUUUAAAAUUAUCGACGAUCUAGAUGGUUCUAACGAGGAUAAUACACGUCAUAUCAUACGCAUGUUUGUGUUUUUAUUAGUUUCCGGUCCCGUACACUUGAUACUGUUUAUAUAUUAUUGCAAAAUUGAUAAUAUAUACGGGGUCAUUUAUAAUUUAUGCAUUUUUAUCAUUAUAUUGGAACUGACUUCUGUGACUGUAUUAAUAUGGGAAACAUCGUUUUUCUUUACAACUAAAAUUGAGGUUAUGAUAAACGACAUCAACCAAUUAUUUUCCGUAAAAGUCUGCUACAAACCAGCGUUUAUUAAUGGUGUCGAAAAUUUAAAAACUACCAUGUCCAAAAUUUAUGAAGGAAUAUUAUUUUUUAAUAAAGCUAUUGGUAAUCAGAUAUUAUUUCUAAUAAUUACGUCAUUCGGAUCCAUAUUGGCUGAUUUCGAUUUUCUAAUUUUUGCUAUUAAAAAUAUCAAAUUUUUAUUUAUUCUGAACUAUUGGACAAUCGGAAAUAUUUUUUUCGUGGUAAGUUUAAUUCUAAUUAAGUCUGGUAAUACAUAGUAUUAAAUUCAGUUAGCAAUAACCUUCAAAUUUGACAGCUGUCAUAUCAGUAAUUUGUACAAAAUGGCGUUUUAAGUAGUAGUAAUUUGUAAAAAUUUGUUGGAAAGGAAUUUUGUUUAUUAAUAAGAGAUUUCUAUUCGGAAAAAAAAUUUAUUAAAAACUUUAUUAAAUUCAAAUUAAAAACUAACUAGAACUUUUGACAAAACCACUUUCCGGAAAGAAAUUUCGUACUUUUUCAGUUGCAAUUCUUCAAGAAGCAAAAACUUUUAGAAAUUUUGUCAUUUUUUCGUGCUUUUCUAGCCAUUUUGUACCAUUUUGUAUAAUUUUUAUGUGCUUAAGUAGCGCCACCUACUAUUCAAAUAGUAAUUUCACUAGGAAUUGUUAAUAAACAAUUUAGUUGAAGUUAUGAAGUAAAUUUGACAAUUGACAUUUGAAUGACAACCGCAUAAUAAUUCAUACGUCGUUAUACAGUAUUUUAAUCAAUCAAAUGUGAUAUUUAUUAAAAGGAAAACUAAUAUCAAUAGUAGUUGUACGUCGUUACUAUCAGAAUGAGCGUAAACAAUAUUUUUAUUAAAAUAAUACUCGAGAUGGGGGUGGUUUCCGGUUUGACAACUCCAUUCGAUCAUUCCAUGACCACGAAACUGUUCAAACUCAUUCACGUAUCGUUCGGAAUUUGUUUUGUGACUUACACGUUGGUUCAAAUGAAGUGCGACGUGAUUAAUUCGUUGGAAUCGUGGCCUAUUUGGAGUAAUAUAGUGUCGGCGAUAAUGUUUUUACCAAAAUUAAAUGAAAAUAAAGGGAUUUAUCGAAAAUUUUCGACUACGAUACUUGUCAUUAGAAGAAAAAUGAAACGAGGAAAAGAUUAUUUCAAAAUUUUCGUCUUUUUUAUAUCAACGAUUGUAUGGAGUUGGUAUAUAUCGAGUAGUUUUGUUUAUAUUUACGUUCACAAAAUCAACUUUUUCAUGAUACUCACGAUCGCGUUUUGGUUUAUCAUCAUUCUCCGAUUGUGUAUUCUAAUUUUGAUAUUUUCGGAAAUAUCGAGUAUCAUUUGUGGUACUUAUAUAAACGUGAAUAAUAGUAUGAAGGAAGUUUUCGUUCGUAAAUUCUGUUUCGUAACAAUUUUUGAUAAACGAAUCAGAAAAAUGAGAAGAGAUAUAAUGCGGCUUCACCAACUUAUCGAUUACGUCAAUCGUAUUUUUGGACAGGUCAACUUGUUAUUGUUCAUCGAAACUUUUCACCACAUUCUAUUAUGGUUCUGCUAUUUCAUACUUUUAAAUACAAAUUUCAGCAUUCAAAUUUUUGUUUUGUGUAUUAUACUAACGAUGUUCUCUGUGAUAGUAAUCCUAUCUUGCGACAGAGUGGAAAAAAAAGCUGAAGAACUCAUAAAAACCUGUAUUUAUAUUCAAGCAUCUACAGGCGACGAAAAUGCGUUAGCUUUAGCUAACCUAGUCAAAGAACUACGACCCAAAUUUUCAGCUGCUGGAUUUUUUGAUAUAAACCAGAGGAUACUACCUAGUUUCUUUUCGAACCUAUCGACGUAUUUAAUCAUUAUCUUGCAAUUUAAAUUAUCAUCUUUGUAAUUAGAAAUACAUUUAAAUUGAAAACAAAAUAAAUUAUUUCUUGCC